GAUCUUGUAAUAAAGAAACCCUAAAGAACAUGGCAUUCAAGCUUAAAGUAUCAGUUUCAUUCAUCUGGUUGAUUGUUUUGGCGCUAGUAACUGGUUCAAAUGGUGGUGGGAUUUCCAUCUACUGGGGCCAAAACGGCAACGAAGGCACCCUAGCCGAGACUUGUGCGACGGGGAGGUAUGAAUACGUGAACAUAGCCUUCCUGGCAACAUUUGGCAAUGGCCAAACUCCCAUGAUAAACCUAGCCGGUCAUUGUGAUCCUUAUAGCGAUGGCUGUACCGGAUUAAGCUCCGACAUUAAAUCGUGUCAAGCCAAAGGUGUUAGAGUCAUUCUUUCAUUGGGCGGAGGCGCCGGUAGUUACUCCCUUGCUUCGUCCGAUGACGCUAGGCAAGUUGCAAUGUAUCUCUGGAACAAUUUCUUGGGGGGAACAUCUUCGUCUCGACCGCUCGGACCUGCCGUUCUCGACGGAAUAGAUUUCGAUAUCGAGGGAGGAACGGGCGAACACUGGGAUGAUCUCGCAAAGUACCUCUCGGGAUAUAGCAAGAAAGGGAAGAAAGUGUACUUGACGGCUGCUCCUCAAUGCCCUUUCCCUGAUGCUUGGGUCGGAAAUGCACUCAAAACAGGUCUAUUCGAUUAUGUUUGGGUCCAAUUCUACAACAAUCCUCCUUGCCAGUACUCAUCUGCCGAUAUUGUCAACCUCGAAGAUGCAUGGAAACAAUGGACUUCGGAUAUACCGGCGACGAAGAUUUUCCUCGGCCUACCGGCAUCUCUGGAUGCCGCGGGCAGCGGUUUCAUCCCGGUGAAUGAUCUCACAUCCAGGGUUCUCCCAGCUAUAAAGAAUUCCUCCAAGUAUGGGGGCGUUAUGCUUUGGUCCAAGUACUAUGAUGAUCAAAGCGGAUAUAGCUCUUCCAUUAAGAGCCAUGUUUGAUA